AUGUACCAGGUGCAGGGGAAAGGGGAAAGGGUCGUUGCCAUGGUGCUGAAGGAGCUUCCUGCUAAAAAGGCCUCCUCAGAAGGAAACCCCCUCCUCACCGUGACAACCAAGCUGGUCCGGGAGCAGCAGGAGAGUCGACCCCUGCUGAGUCCCUCCAUCGAUGACUUCCUGUCGGAGAGCCGGAGCGACGCCUCCUCCAGUCGACCCCUGACCUCCAACACAGCAGUUCUGUCCACAGCUCUGGACCUGGUGGACCUCAGCGAGCCGGCGAACAGCAGUGGGGGCAGUACUGGUGGUGGGGGGGGCAGCAGUAACAAGGACCAAAGGAGGAGUCCUCUGAGGAGGAAGGGCAGCUCCAGGAGCCCUCGGCGCCGGACGAGACCAGAUGAGACGGAGCUGAUCCAGGUGGAGGUCGAACACCUGCCCUCCAGCCCCAGAACACCUGAGAGGAUCUCACUGGACUCAGUCAGUCUGUCGUCUCCUCUGGACAGACGGGAGGAGGAGAACCUGGACGGGGAGGACGGAGGAGUCAGGAGGAGGCAGGAGAACAGAUGCACCUCCCACCACUCCUCCAGUGAGCUGCUGUGGUCUGCAGAGUUUAAAACGGAUCCUCUCAUGAAGAACUCCUUCGACAUCCACAGCUUCGAUGAGCUCGACUUCCCUUCAUCACCACAGGACUGUGCUGCGUCCAGACAGCGCAGACGGACUCGUUCCCUUCUGGCCAGAAACGAGUCUCUGGAGGACGAGUUUGUCAGAGCGAAGGCUGCUGUGGAGUCGGACACGGAGUUCUGGGACAAGAUGCAGGCCGAGUGGGAGGAACUGGCUCGGAGGAACUGGCUGGAGGAGUCUGAGGAUCAGGGGCCGGUCCCGCCAACCGUCCCACAUGUGGAGAAGGUUUACUUCUUCAACACCAACAACCCGUACAGAGACGGACCCAGCGCCUUCGCCGAGGGCCAGGAGAAAGCUCGGGAGGGGGACCUGAACGCCGCCGUCCUGCUGCUGGAGGCCGCCAUCCUUCAGGACCCGCAGGACUCCGAGGCCUGGCAGGUUUUAGGGAUGACACAGGCUGAGAACGAGAACGAACAGGCCGCCAUCGCGGCGCUGCAGAGGUGUCUGGGGCUCCGCCCCAACAACCUGCCAGCUCUGAUGGCGCUUGCCGUCAGCUUCACCAACAGCGGCAUGCAGCGGGAGGCCUGCGACGCCCUGCGCCGCUGGAUCAGCCACAACCCCCGCUACAAACACCUGGUCCUGGACCACAGGAGUCCGCUACGGGGCUCCCCGGCCACGCCACGCAGGGGCCCCCGCGCCUCCACACCGGCCAGGGCUGAGCUGCAGGACGUCCUGCUCCUCUUCCAGGAUGCGGCUCUGUUGAAUCUGGACUGUGUGGAUCCAGACCUGCAGACCGGACUUGGGGUUCUCUUCAACCUCGGCUCCGACUUCAACAGAGCUGUGGAGGCUUUCACUGCAGCGCUGUCCGUCAGACCGCAGGACUACCUGCUGUGGAACCGUCUGGGUGCCACGUUGGCAAAUGGCGACCGCAGUGAGGAGGCUGUAGAAGCGUACACCAGAGCUCUGGAGCUGCAGCCCGGAUUCAUCCGCUCCAGAUACAACCUGGGGAUCAGCUGCAUCAACCUGGGAGCUCACAGGGAGGCGGUCAGUAACUUCCUGACGGCUCUGAACCAGCAGAGGCGGAGUCAACGCUGCAGCCAUCAGCAGAUGUCGGCUAACAUCUGGGCCGCUCUGCGAAUCGCCAUCUCCAUGAUGGACCGACCCGAGCUGUUCCAGGCCGCCAACGCCGGGGACCUGGACCUGCUGAUGAGGGCCUUCGAUGUGGGCGAGGUCUGAUGUCUGACGGGGGUCUCCUGGUCGGACUGGGAGGCGUCUGCGGGGUUGGUUCACAGGACCAGAGGUGGAGACACGCUGGAUGUGGACGGUCCGGUUAGAAACCAAAGAGACGACGAUGGAUCUGCAAUAUAACAGCACAACCCUUUAGCUCCAGUCAGGACUCGGUACUCGUAGUCUGGCCGCUGUAGAGGCUCACAGUCUCUCUCAACACAAACAGGUCUUUUCUAUCUGAGCAUACUUUAGUUUGAAGCCUCUGUUUACCUGAGUCUCAUCACUCUCUGUGGAGGAAAAAUCCCUGCGCCGUUAUUUGUUAUCCCUUCUACUUGUUCCCUUUUUAUCACCGUCAAAUGAGACGCGACACUUCCUGCACACCUUUCACAGUAAAACAACAACAAGAACCCAAAGGGCAAAAUCUACCCUUUUCCUGGAAGGCUUUUAUUGUGAAACAUCUGCAACAAGUGUUGAGUGACAGCAAUAAUGAACAAGAAAUCAGAGUAGAAACAUCAGUAGAUGAGAACCCUGACCUCUAAUACACGGAGAGAAAACAGCAGAUAAACUUAUUAUCACUCUGUAAGAUAUUAAAUGUAACUGCACAUCUGUUUCUACACAUCUGUUUCUACACAUCUGUUUCUGCACAUCUGUUUCUACACAUCUGUUUCUGCACAUCUGUUUCUACACAUCUGUUUCUGCACAUCUGUUUCUACACAUCUGUUUCUACACAUCUGUUUCUGCACAUCUGUUUCUACACAUCUGUUUCUACACAUCUGUUUCUGCACAUCUGUUUCUACACAUCUGUUUCUGCACAUCUGUUUCUACACAUCGUCAGACUGACUGAAGGCAGCUUGUACUCACCUGGCAGGUGUCGGCCAUCUUUAACACAAACAGCUUCUUCUUCUUCAUCAGGAGAACUGAAAACAGGGACAUUAUAUCAGCGACGAGCCGACUCAGAAUACGAUUAUUAUUAAUAAAGUAUCUUUGAAAUGUUUCAGUAGAACACUGAAUAACUUCUUCACUAUCUGAUUCUGUAGAACAUUCAUUUAAAACAUGUCAAAGUGCUGAAUAAAUAACUUUGAGUAGGAUCAAAGGAUAAUUAAAUACGAAUAUGAAUCUGAACUUUGAACCUUCAUGUUAAAGAGGAACUAAACCCCAGAUUUAGUCUAAAGGGUUCCCCCUUAAAACGUCUGGAAACACCUGUAGAACCCAAAGAGGGAACCUGUUGAGGACUGAGGAGUCUCUUCCAUCGUAUCUCUACCAUCACAACAUGAGAACAUCUAGGGAAUCACAGUGAAUGAUCAUCUGAAGACAGAACGUUCCUUCACUACGCUGUGACGCUGUGUGGAGAUCAAGCUUUAAGUUGUUCUCUAGUGAGAUAGUUAGCUAAUUCCACCAUGAUGUCAUGCUACAGUUACAUCAAAUAAAAGAACCACAUGAGCUGCUGGGUUUGGUCUACAGACCACUCAGUUUUUAACUUACUGUAACCUUCUCAAUUAGCUUAUGCUAAUGCUAAUCACUAGCGUGCGGACUGUUCUGCUUGGGUUACGUUAGAGUUCUGUAGAGUCUGUUAUGGUGACAAAAUACAGCAUAAACUAUAACACUUGUGAAUUUGAGUUAUUAUACAAAGCUGAGAUAACUGUAUGCUAGCCAUUAGCAUUAGCGCACCGGACCUGAAUCCACCAACACCAGUUACACAUAUGAACUGGUUUUCAGCUGACAGGGCUGGUGAAUGGUUUAGUUACUCCUUAAGUCAUUUCAGAUGUUCUAAUCUUUUAGGUUUUAGUUUUAAAUCCGAAAUUAAAACUUUGUAAACAUACUUUUUAACCUUUCAAAUCUUAGUUUUGGUUGUUGCUGUUCAACCUUGAAGGUCAUAGAUAAUGUUGGACUAAACAACAGCUGACGCAUUUAGAGAACAAGUGUUCUGAUUUGGGAUGAAAAGGAACGAUGGAGAGGAGGAGGCAGGAUUUAAAGAGAGACUGAAGUUAACGACCUCACUGAGGAAAUAAAAUCAUCCAAUCAGGUUGUUCUUCCCUUUAAACUCUAAAAGCCAUAAAGCGUCACCCCUGAUAUGAACAAGAAGUGAACACAGAGAUAAAUAAGAACUAUGGACACUGCUCUUUUCUAUGACGUAUCUCAGCCUUCUGCAGAACCUUCAGGAACAUCACAGAGGUCAACGCUCACCUGUGUGUUAUUUAAUGCUGAGUCAGGAGGUUUGUCACAUCAGUUUGAACAGGAUCCUCUGAAGCCUCACUGUUUACUGUGCCGUGUCUCACUUUGACCUUUUAUUUUGACGGUGUGUUUUCCUCACUUACUUCCUGUCGUUGGCUCUCAGGUGGACUUCCUUCAGUUCUUCACCUGCAGCGGUUCCUCUGCUCCGUGCACAAAAACACACACAGAUAACACAGACUGAGAUGAAAGCAGCAGAAUCUAUUUAAAGCGCUUCAACUAUUUAAGAUCACAUUUAACCUUAAUAUCAAGCAAUAUCUAACGUAUUCCUGUCAGUCACGUUCCUCCACGUUUGUUUCAGUUUGGUUAAAGAUCGUUCCAUUGAGAGCUCAGCGUUCUGAAACUGCAGAAAAUAAAAACACAGAUUAAGAACCACGUUCACAUUAGAAAGUCACGACAGCCGAGUGGAAAACUAAAAUGUUUAUUUAGGUUUAAACACCGGUGAUGGUUUUAUUCUAGUUUAGAGAAACAUCAGAAGAAGAGAGAUGUGUUCUGAAGGUGAGGUCCGUUGAGCUCUCGGUUCUUUAACUCUUUGUUCAUGUUUUCUGCACGUUUCUGCUGCAUUAAAUAUCUAUAGUUGUUCAUUUAGCCAUGCCGUUGGUUGAUUGGUUGAUCUUGUGAUCAAUAAGUGUGAUUCUUCCUUCUGUUCAGGUUUUCUUCAUGUCUUCAUCUUUGAGUUGUGGAUGUUUCUCUUGUAACGACUGUACAGACCAUAAUCAUGUAAACUGAUGAUAUUUUAGAAAUUAAACAACCGAUACUGAACCUAAAAAAAAUCUGAUCGUUUCCUUUGAUUUGAAACAAAUCAAUCAGUCCAAUAUCAAUAAAGGAACCCAGUGUUUCUGAUCUCUGAAUCAAUGCAGCCACAGAGUUCGGCCACCGGAGGGCGUCACUGUUCUAAUCUGACCUGAGGACAGAUCACAUGAUCAUUCUCUCGAAAUGUGUCAGACUUUAGGUUAUUAAAUCACAAACUGUUUACAGAUAAAUGUCAAAGACUUCAAAGCACAUUUGAUAAGAUGGUGUUUAAUAAAUACAUAUAUAAUAUAUAUAAUAAAUAGAUAAAGCUGCAGCAGUGCCCUCUGGUGGCCGCAGGAAGAGCUGCAGAAGCUUCUGACGUCACAGCUUAACUUCAACAAUCAAAGACAUAAAGUUCAUAAUUAUCUUACAGACUCCAAAGCUACAAACCAAAUACUUAAUACAAACGGUCGGUCACCUCACAUCAAAUAUAGAGCCCACCUACUUUAAUAAGAUAAGUAAAGCUGUGUCCUCAUAAACAUAAACCAGGUGUGCUAACAUUCUGAACACUCAGGUAACUUUACCUUGUACAGUCUUCAUAACAAAGUCUGCCUAGUAUGGAGGCUAAUGAGUUAUUAGCAUGCUAAUAAAACGUGCCCAUGAUCCAGUUAACGCCUUACAACCGGACUGACGGCGUUAAACAUGGCGGCGCUAGGUCUCUUUUGAAAAACAACAUGGCCUCCGCGCUCCGUUCACAACGGAACAACUACGGACCAGAGUCCAACAGUUUAUUAAUAAAACCUCAUUACAAACAUGAUUCAUCUUAGUUAUCAUCACGAAAACAUCCAGACAGGAUCCAUCAAUCACUCCUAGUGUAUCCAUUUAGGAUUGAGUUAGCGGUUAGCUUAGUUAGCUCAGGUAACAUCUAGUCAGAGUAUUGAACAGGUGUUGCUGUUUGAUUUAAAGCAGUUCAGGUGAAAACACGGCGUCACUCUGGAAACAUCUGGGAAACCAGAAUAUGAUCCUCCAUUUGUCAACAUCUGGGUUCUCAAACUUCUCACCACAGAAAAUAGUUAAACAGCAGCAGCAACCACUUCUUCUUCUUCUUCUACUUAUUCUACUUCUACUUCUUGUUCUUCUUCUUCUACUUCUUCUUCUUCUUCUACUUCUUCUUGUUCUACUUCUUCUUCUUCUACUUCUUCUACUACUACUUCUUCU